AUCGGAAUUAUGUCUUAAACAAACAAGAAACAGUUAGGUUAGCUUCAUUUGAUCAUCCUUGAGAGAGCAUCAUUAGCACUCUGAUCAGAAAUAUAUAUAUAUAUAUAUAUAUAUUCUUUACCUCAAAAAUUGUUCAAUGGAAAUACUUGUUAAUGUUGUAUCUGAGUGUGUUGUUGAGGUGGGGAGGUUCAUGUGUAGAUGCAUCUAUCCGAAGAUUGAAAAUAUUGUCCGUUUCUCCUCAAAUAUUGAAAAUCUAAGGGAGGAAAUGGAGAAGCUAACAAAGUUUAGAGAUGAUAUCAAUGCAAAGGUAGAAGAAGAUAAGAAAAAAGGCUAUAAACCAAAACCAGAUGUUGUCAAGUGGAUUGAAGAUGUUUGUGAGCUAGAGAAUAAAUGGGAAACUAAGCAAGAAAGCAUUGCAGCAGCUAAGACGCUUGCAUAUAAGUGUUGUCCAAAUUGCAGCCUUCGCUCGGAUGUCUCCAGUCACGCACGGGACAUCCGAGAACAACUUUUCAUGCUUAAAGAGGUCGGAGAAAGCUUUGGAUCCAAUUUGAUGGUAGAAAAUUACCAGGUGAUUGAGUACUUCCCGGUAUCAUCAAUGAAAGACCAGCCAGCAGCAACAAGGAAUCUCAACCAAAUACUCCAACAAUUGAAAGAUGAUAAGGUUUGCAUCAUCGGAGUGUGGGGUGCGGGAGGAAUUGGAAAAACUACUUUGGUGAAGAAUCUGAACAAUGAGCUUCUAAAAAUUGAUGUGUCAAAUUCUAAACUGUCUUUUGGUGUUGUAGUAUGGGUUACCGUGCCCAAACCACCAAUACUCAUCAUUAAGGUUCAAGCAAAAAUUGCCAAAAGAUUAAACCUAGAGGUAGAUAACGAGGGAAGUGAAGAAAGCAAUGCCAGCAAAAUCUACCAAAGGCUCAAGGAAGAAAAGAGUUUCCUUCUCAUACUAGAUGAUGUUUGGGAAGCUAUAGAUUUGGAUCAUGUCGGUGUGCCUCAACCCAAAGAUCACGCAGGAAGCAAGGUUAUUAUAACUUCUCGCUUUUGGGGUGUUUGUAAGCAAAUGAAAACACACACCGAAAUGAAUAUUUCCACUUUGGAUGAGGAUGAAUCUUGGCAACUGUUUAUCAAAAAUGCGGGAGAUGUUGCCAAAAGGGAGGAUAUUCAGCCAUUGGCAAUGGAUAUUGCAAGAGAGUGUGGUGGUUUACCUUUAGCAAUCACUGUUAUUGGAGCAUCUAUGAGCGGUAAGAAGAGGGUGGAGCAAUGGGCAAAUGCUUUGGACUCACUUAAAAUGUCUGAACCUUAUGACACAGAUGUAAUGCAAAAGGUUUACAAGAUGAUCAAGUUGAGUUUUGAUUAUUUAGUAUCUCCAGAUAUUGAAUUAUCGACAGGGCAAAGAAACAAUAUGAACAAAAGGAGAGGUGACAUUCACAGUUGUUUCUUGUAUUGCUCCUUAUACCCCUCGGCUAUUCCAACAGAUGAUCUCAUACAUUGCUGGUGGGCAGAGGGGUUCCUCGGUGAACAUGACACAUACGAAAAAGCUUACAACAGGGGAAUCACAAUGAUUGAGAGUCUAAAAGAUGCCUGCCUGCUAGAAGCCCAUAAGAUGGAUUCUGUGAAGAUGCAUGAUGUGGUUCGUGAUGUUGCUAUAUGGAUAGAUAAUUCUUUUGGGAUGACUGAGAUGUCACAUAUUAAAGUAUCAGUUUCUGUCAACAGAAUAUCUUUCGUAAGCAAAGGAAUUCAAAGUCUACCUGAUAACCUCACGGAAUGUCCAGAGACAACAACUGUACUAUUGCAAGAUAAUUAUAGCUUUCGGGAAAUUCCCCAUGAAUUCUUUUUGGCAUUUCCAGCCCUAAGAGUUCUGAACCUGAGUGAAACUAGUAUUAGAGCACUGCCUUCUUCCAUCAAUAGUUUAUGUCAACUACGUGCUCUAAUAUUACAAAAUUGUCGUUCUUUGAGAGUGUUACCACCUAUUGGUAAUCUUUGCAAUUUGCAGUUGUUCGAUUGUGAUAAUACAUGGUUAUUUUUUCUGCCGCAAGGAAUGGAUAAGUUGACAAAUCUGAGGCUAUUAAAUCUGCCUGUAGUUGGUUUUGAGGAGAGCUUCGGCCAAGGAUUUUUCCUCAAAUUGCCUAGGAUUGAAAUGUUAAAUAUGCCGAUGAAUCCUUGGCAUCGUAAGAUAUAUUUCGUGAGAAAGAGUAGGGUGGCUGUUUUUGGACCAACGUCGUUUGAUGAGAUAUCCUCUCUACACAAUCUGACAUAUCUUUUUAUAACAUUGGAUAUCUCAUCAAAUUUCAAUAGAGACCACACGUGGAUGUCUAGAUUGAAAGGUUUUCACAUUAAGAUUGGGGAAGAAACUUUAGAAGAUGUACCAUUCAACAGGUCAACAAAGAGGAUAAGCGUCUCCCAUUGUGAAACUUUCAGUAAUGGAGAGCUCUCAGGCAUGUUGCAGUUCGCUUCAUAUUUGUACUUGGAACAAUGCAUGGGUCUCAGGAAGUUGAUUGCGAACAAGAGUUUUGAUGGAUUAAAAUCACUCUACAUUUACAAAUGUUAUUGUGAUUUCACACCAGCAGAAGAAGGAAGUGGACAGUUUGACCCUUUGCCAAAUCUGGAAUAUCUCAAGCUCGAUUCAGUACAUAAUUUAAAGAGUGUUUCUGAUUUCAGUCAACUUCUUGGUCUAAGAUUUUCUAAAUUACGCCAACUGCAUAUAUCUUCUAGUUCAAGUUUAACAUGUCUUUUCAAUGUUGGUGGAGCUUUUUCUGUACCCAAGCACUUGGAAGAAAUUACAAUUGAUUCAUGUUCAGAGCUGGUAGAGUUGUUUGUGCAAUGCUGCUCAAGUCAAAUUCCAAGAGUCCGGAAGUUACUUUUGAGUGAGUUACCAAAAUUAGGAAGGUUGGGGGAGCCGUGGGAACACCUGGAGGAACUUAAGGUGAUCAAUUGCAAUGAAAUAAGGAAGUUGCCUUUCUCUAUUCAAACCUCCAACAACAUCAAAGUAAUAAGAGGAACACCGGAAUGGUGGAGGCAAUUAGAGUGGGAUGACGACAACUUCAAGUCAAAUUUAGAGCAUUGUUUCAGGGUAUACUCCUACUGGUAGAAGGAUCAAAGUUGACGUUAUGCAUUUCAGGGGACUAAAAUAGUAGAUGAAGGAAAUUCCUGCACCAGAGAGAGAGAAAGAGAGAGAGAGAGAGUGUUUUUUCGAGCUAAAGUUAACCAGUCGAGUUUGCUGUGAUGUAUUUCCUGUCAGAUGUAUUAAGUUUUUCUGUCAAUUAACUGUUCCUUGUCUGUAUUAUUUGUGCUUUCUGGUUCCGAUAUUUUCAUUGCUUGAUUGUACACUGAGUAAUUUCUUGUUUCGAUUGUUUUUUGUUAUCAUCACUGGUAUUGCUUUUGAGUGUAAACAUUUUAGAGCAUUCUUAAAAUGUACAUUCAAAAUUUAUCACAUGCUCUUGAUUUUCUAUGUUUUUGUUCCAGUGAUAGCACAUAUAUACCAGCUAUCAAGAGAUUGAAAUCUGAGAGCGCCUAUUACACCUUUGUGCUGUAAAAGGGUCCAACUAAGAGCUUAUCUUACAAGAAAUUUCGCUACUUUAGUACCAGUACAGUUAUGGCCGGUCGACUGUCUAGUUGUAGUUGUAUCUCUAGCUGUUUGAAAUGCUCCAGAUUCUGGUUUAUUUGGCAUACGACGGAAGUCAUUUUAUGGAAAAUUCUUUCUCAGAGAAGGACUUCCCAGUGUUUGGCUCAAGAGUGAAAAGUAUUU